AAGGUCCUUGGGAGAAUGACAUAUAGGACACAUUUAAAAUAUGUUGUAUGAAUCUAUUAAAUAGGAACCAUUCCAGUUCAUCAUAUUUAUGACAUUUAGUCCCUUUAGUAAAAAAAAAAAAAAUAUUCCCUAAAAACCACACCGUCAAAAUGCUCGGAGUUUCAACCUUUCAUCCACCGUCGUUGAAAACGUCGUCGCAUUCAACAAUUUCUCGCCUGAACCCUUCAUUCCCAUUCCCUUCCUCAAUUUCCCCUUCUCUCAACCGCUCCACCACCACCAAACCUCUCGUCAUUCGCGCCAUCGACGCAGCUCAGUUAUUCGACUACGAAUCAAAAGCCGCACUUCAAUUCCGCAACUCCCAAAAGCUCAAAAUCGCCAUUAUCGGUUUCGGUAACUUCGGUCAGUUUCUCGCCACCAGCUUCGUCCGUCAAGGUCAUACUGUUUUAGCUCAUUCCCGUUCCGAUUACUCCGCCGUCGCUCAAAAUCUCGGCGUUAAGUUUUUCCGAAACGCCGACGAUCUCUGCGAAGAACACCCCGAAGUUAUUCUUCUCUGUACUUCAAUAAUCUCAACUCAAAAUGUUCUUCUUUCUCUUCCAUUUAAACGACUCAAACGCAAUACAUUGUUCGUUGAUGUUCUUUCCGUCAAAGAAUUUCCUAAAAACCUUUUUCUUGAAGUGUUACCAACCGAUUUCGAUAUCCUUUGUUCGCAUCCUAUGUUUGGACCUGAGAGUGGAAGCCAUAGCUGGAGUGGUCUUCCAUUUGUUUAUGAGAAAGUUCGAAUUGGGAAUGAAGAAAAUAGGGUUUUGAGGUGUGAGAAGUUUCUAGAUAUUUUUGGUAGAGAAGGGUGUAGAAUGGUGGAAAUGAGCUGUGCUGAUCAUGAUAGGUAUGCAGCAGGAUCACAGUUCAUAACUCAUACUGUUGGCAGGGUUUUGGAUAUGUUGAUGUUGGAAUCUACUCCUAUUAAUACUAAAGGGUAUGAAUCUUUGUUGAAUUUGGUUGAAAAUACUUGUGGGGAUAGUUUUGAUCUUUAUUAUGGUUUGUUUAUGUAUAAUAAGAAUUCUUUGGAGAUGUUGGAGAGGUUGGAUUUAGCUUUUGAGGAUUUGAGGAAACAACUCAUUGCUCGUUUGCACGAUGUUGUGAGGAAUCAGUUGUUUGAAGAUGUUGCAAAGGUCCAAACUUUACAAGAUAAUAACCAUUUUGCAGUGGCCAAGUAUGCCCAAAAUGGAAAUGGAUCUGCCAUUGUAUUAUCCUCCAAUAAUCAGAGAUCUGCUGAUGCCAUACUUCAUGGUUAUUACAAGUCAAAUGGCCAGUCUGAUGACAGUACGAAGCUCAAAAUAGCGAUUAUUGGUUUUGGCAACUUCGGUCAAUUCCUUGCAAAAACUAUGGUUCGUCAUGGACAUAAAGUGUUGGCAUACUCUAGAACAGACUACUCUCAUGUGGCUCAGGAAUUGGGAGUUUCCUAUUUCAACAAUGCAGAUGAUCUCUGUGAACAACACCCUGAAGUGAUUUUACUUUGCACUUCAAUCCUUUCCACAGAGAAAGUUCUUAAAUCAUUGCCUCUGAAGAGGUUAAAGAGAAGUACUUUGUUUGUUGAUGUACUUUCUGUCAAAGAAUUUCCAAGAAACUUGUUUCUUCAACAUUUGCCAUCUGAUUUUGAUGUUCUAUGCACUCACCCUAUGUUUGGGCCAGAGAGUGGAAAAAAUGGGUGGAAGGGUCUUCCUUUUUUAUUUGAUAGAGUUAGAAUAUUAGGAGAAGAAUCAAGAAUAUCGCGGUGUGAUCGAUUUCUUGACAUCUUUUCCAAAGAAGGGUGUCGAAUGGUUGAAAUGUCAUGUGCCGAACAUGAUUGGCAUGCCGCUGGAUCACAGUUUGUCACACAUACCACAGGAAGAUUUUUAGAAAAAUUGAAGUUGGAGGCAACACCAAUAGACACAAAGGGAUAUGAGACUUUAUUGAGUUUGGUGGAGAAUACUGCUGGGGAUAGUUUUGAUCUGUACUAUGGUUUGUUCUUGUAUAAUUUAAAUGCCAUGGAGCAACUGCAAAGAUUUGAUCUGGCUUUUGAGACAUUGAAGAAACAGCUUUUUGAUCGUUUGCAUGUUAUCUAUCGCAAACAAGUAUUUCAAAAUGAAGAAAAUGUCUGUGAUUUUCCAGAGAGGUCUAUGUUCCCUGAGAUAUCAGAAGACAGUAGCGUGGUAUCAUCCUUUUCAAAUGCUGUGGAUGCUAAAUGAGAUUGAUUUCCUAGGUUUACUUGUAAUUGGUAAUUGUUGCAGGCCCUGCUUAUUCUGUUUGUAUGUUAUUAUUAAGUUAGUUAGUUUAUAAAUGUCACUUCCAAUCUUUCUAUAAGUUCUAGAUCGAAAUCAAAACAAAAAUGAUUCCAAAGUUUUGGAUGCGCAUCUUUAAUUCUUAGAUAUGUCAUAUGUGAACUUGCCAAUAAUUUUUUUUUCUUUCUUUUUUUGCAUCAACACUUACUAUAGCUCAUGGUUCAUAUUUGUUGUGCCAUUCUUAUUUAUGGCAUUGAACUUCGACUUGAGAAUUGUUAAUUUGAAGAGACGUAUUCAAAGAA